AUGCAGUUCUUUUCUCUGCGUGUCCUGGGAAGCUUCGCAUGGGACAUCAGUGAUGCUUGGGGGCCAUGCAGCCAGAAGUGCGGCGGUGGUGUCCAAACACGAGAUGUAUGGUGUUCCUGGACUGACUUCGAGAACGAGAAGAUGGUGGUAGAAGACCUAAAGUGCGAUGCAGCAACCCGGCCCGCCCAACAGCGAGCCUGUAGUGAGCAGGCAUGCCAGAGCUGCCCUCCCUUCCACAUGGGCCCUCAGUACGUCGUAUCGGGAGGCAAGGAGGAGAUGGCCCACGCCAACAAAGUCUACGUCACGUGCGCUGCCGGGUAUGGGACUGUCGAUGAUGUCAGGCUCGUGGAGUCGGAGUGUCAGGACGGCGAGUGGUCUCCACUCGCAGUGUCUUGUGGCCGCAGCUGCCCGGCCUUCGUGUCGGCAUCAUGGAAGUAUGAAGUCCACGGUACAGGUUUCGAGCAUGGGUCUACGCGACAGGUCACCUGUAAACGCGGCGAGAGUGAUGACAUGGACUCCGUGGAAGCACCGCCGUCUGCAUCAGUUAUCUGCCAGGACGGCGCCUGGACUACCCCUUGGCUGGUGUGCACCGGCGAUUGCUUGACUCCGGAGCUCACGAGCGCUUAUGCCCGGGCCCUACGCCCUGGCCAGCGUUCGGAAAGAGACUGCAAAGCGGACUGCCCCCGCUACAAGCUGUCCGAGGGGUACGAGGUAGUGGGUUCUCACCUCAGAGUGAAGAAGUCUGUGACGGCUGGUAUCGCAGUAAAGCAAGUGGCCCGAUUGACUCAAAAGCAGGACACCGAUUCAUGGAGCAGCUUUAUAUCGGUCCAGCUCCCAGCCUGUGUCGAGAAAGUGUCGGAUGAAUGCAUUGAUACGGAUGAUGUCCGACGAAUGCAGAUCAAUAUCACAGGUGUUCCGCAUGGACGCAUGGCUGCAUUCUUGGGCGUGCACAUGGCGAUGUCGUCUGAUGUCCGUCUGCCUGGAAGUACACACAUUGGCAUUCGCUGUGUGGAUGGCUACGGUCGCGUCCCAGGAGCUGUGGAACGGGUUGUGUGCAACGAUGGACAGUGGAGCCCCUUGUCCCUAUACUGCGCCAAGGACUGCAAGCCAUUCAAUGCGACAGUUUUGGAGCAAUCGCGUUUCCGUGUGAUCCGAGAUAUGUCGCAACCAAAUGGUGAGUCAAUGGAGCCUUCUGCCCCCACGGCUGCUGCAGACGCACCACACGGAAGCAAGGUCAUCAUCGGGUGCAAGCUGGAACAUGGGGAAGGUGAGGACAGCGAGCGAGCCAUGAAGCGCGGUGCUGUCACCUGUGCCAAUGGCCGCUGGAUUCCUUCAGACCUGCGUUGCUUCAGCGACUGCGAGGCUUUUGUCCCAGGACCAGAAUAUUCGGUUUUGAUCCCUGGGGCCCUGGCCUCGCAGCGGAACCGCAGCGUUCCUCACGGCACCCAGCUCUUGGCAACCUGCGCACAAGGCUUCUCAGCUUUGCCGCCCAUUGGAUUCAACAGCUCUGCCAGCACCAGAGGGGCGUCUGCACUGAUCGAAGAAUCUGAGUGCGUGGAUGGAACAUGGACAUCACUGAUGCUGCGCUGCUUCCAGGAUUGCCCAUCCUGGCCCAUGCACCAGCACUUGAUCGUCGACAGUGGCGGAGGCUUGCGUGUGGGCUCCAUCUUGCGCCUGGCCUGCGCGCAGCGUUAUGAUCCAGACGUGACGAUACGGUGUGGCACCCUCGGAUCUUGGGAGCUGCUGGAAGAGUACGAAUUCGAUGUGGACACCGUAAAGUUCCAAGUGGGCCAAACCGUGGACAAGGAGAGCUUCGCCUCCGUGUGCCCAUAUUCGACGCUCUCAGCGAAAGAGGACUUGAUGAAAAUGACCUUUUGGUCCAAGCUCUCUGAUGACGAGCGGGCAAUGUUCAUGAUCCUUGCGCUGGGCUGCUUUGGCUCCCUGACUGGCCUUGCCUGCACCUACUUUCUCUCGCCGCAUGUCUCCAACCAGGAGCAAGCCGAAGAGGAGGACUCGGAAGAUGAGAUCGAGGAGGCUGAGACCAAGGAUGAUACCACGGAUGCCGAGAAUCCAAGCAAUCCAAGCCUGCGCCGCUUCAACUUGCUCACGGGCGAGCUGGAGACCCGCGAGCGAGAGGCUCGCGCAGGGGCACGCCGGCGGCGGCAGCGCCGCCGGAGGGGUGCGGCCUCGCGCAUAGCUAGAGCAGUGGAGCGACGGGCAGGGAGGCUGGCAAGCUGGCUUCAAGACCAGACGCCGCCAGCAACAUGCUGCAGCAAUUGCGACCAGUUCGCGACUCACGUUUGCUUCCCCUGCAGUCAUCUUUGUCUUUGCCUGGCCUGCGCAGAAGAUUUGAUACGGAGCACGGGGCGAGGCUUCCAGGAGGUAUUACCGGCAGACAGGUCCGAUGCCCCAACAGAGCGGCCAUCCUGUCCGCUUUGCGGACAGUUCGUCUUCUGCGUCAUCGAUGCCAAGCCUGCAAAGGUUUUCGAGGUGCCUGGACCUUUGGACAUGGCAGUUUCGGCUGCGGCCGCGGCUGCAUCCUCACUGCGAAGAACAGCAGCUACCGCUGCACGAGGUGCAGCUGACGUUGCUUCGCGACACGCUGCCGCGGUUUCGCCAACGAUGAUGGGAAGGAAGGAGCUGACAUGGCUAGGUCUAGCGUUUGGCCGUGUUUAG